AUGCAGCGUUCUGCCUCAACCGCCGUCCGAGCCAUCGGCCGCCACAUCACCCAGCUCACCUCAGCCGCCGGAGCCUGCAAUCCACCGCCGUGCGGCGUAUUCAUCAACCACCGGGGCGUGGACACGAAGCGCCACCUGGCGGGCCUACUGCACAGCCACCUGGCGGGCUUGGGCCUGAGCCCGUUUCUUGACAGCAAGAGCAUGAAGCCCGGGGACCGGCUGUUUGACAAGAUCGACUCGGCGAUUAGGGAGUGCAAAGUUGGGGUGGCCGUAUUCUCGCCAAUGUACUGCGAGUCGUAUUUCUGCCUGCACGAGCUGACUCGGAUGAUGGAGCUCGGAAAACGGGUCGUGCCCGUCUUUUGCGACGUGAAGCCCUCGGACCUCCGGGUUAGGAAAGACGGGUCGUGCUCGCCAAAGGAUAUCGAUAGGUUCCGGUCCGCGCUCGAGGAGGCUAAGUUCACCGUUGGAUUAACUUUCGACACGCGUAAUGGGGACUGGGUGGAGUUUCUUGCGAGUGCUACAGACGUGGUGAUCAAGAACUUGAUUGAAGUGGAGGAAGAGGAAAUCAACUAG